AUGCCUCCUAGGCGUUACACCAAUAGGACCCCAGAGAUCCGGGAGGAGGAGAGACGAGGGGAGGCACCACCUUCGUCGCCACCACGUCCACAGUGUCUAUCCAGUCACGAGCAGAUGCUUGCAUGGAUGAAUCAAUUCUUUGCACUAUUUACUGGGCAUGAUGUUGAGUUAGGUCGUAAGGCAAAGCCGGAAGCAAUUUAUGAGAGAAUCCGUAAGAUGGGUUCGAAGGACUUCUCAGGGACUAUUGAUCCUAUGGUGGCAGAGAACUGGAUCAAGUCCAUCAAGGUCAUCUUCCGAUUCAUGGCAUUGGAAGAUGCUGAUAUGGUAAGGUGUGCUACUUAUCUUCUGAAGGAUGAUGCUUUGUUAUGGUGGGAAGGAGCAUCACUAUCCAUCAAUCCAAAUACACUUUCUUGGGAGGGCUUCAAGGAGGUGUUCUACUCUACAUACUUCACCGAGGAUAUACGUUCAAAGUUGACUCAGGAAUUCAUGACGUUAAGGCAAGGCGACCGUUCCGUUGGCGAGUUUGUUCGAGAGUUUGAUUGGGGAUGUCACUUUGUGUCCUUGAUAGCUAAUAAUCCCAAAGAGAAACUGAGGCACUUCAUUGAUGGUUUGCGGCCUAUCUUGCAUCGUGAUGUAAGGGUGGCUGACCCUAAGGAGUUUGCAGAGGCUGUGACCAGGGCAUUGAGGGCAGAGCAGGAUCAGAGAGAUAUUGAAGUUGAUAGGCAGGGCAAAAGGCCAUAUCUGGUGCCUCACCAACAACCUCAACAACAGAACAAGAGGAAAUUUAUUGAGCCAUCAAAAGUCAAGGGCCAGCAACCUCAGAUGCGAGUUGCCCCAAAGACUAACUAUUAUCCAGUAUGCCCAAUGUGCCAGCGCAAACAUCCAGGACCUUGCUUGGUGGGAUCAGGAAAGUGCUAUUAG